CAUAAGCAUGAAGAAGGCAAACAUGGCAGCUUCCACCAACGGCAACUUGGACAUCUCAGCGUCUAUCGCUGUUAUAUUGAAUGAAAAACUAUGCACUGAACACUUGCAGAUACUGAAAACAUUUACGUGCUCGUUGCGGGACAAAGAAUACAGGUAUGGACGAGGCGUUUAUGGCCGUUUUAGUACAAGGAUGUUAGCUUGUCGUCUUGUCGUGGUUAGCAUGAAGCCUGUUUGACAGUUACGCACUAUGGAAGAUAACCUAAUUCAGCCUCAGUCUGACUACCACACAUUUACCCCUUUUUAAUGUCCGUUUUUAGCAGAAUUUAUCCAUUUGUUACUCUUUUUCACACAAAUAUAUCAUUUUCUUACUCUUUCUGCUCAUAUUCAAUCGGACUGUCGCAAAGUUGUUGGUUAAUUUAGCUCCAAAAUGUAAAAAUGUCGAUGAAUGCUGUGAAGUUGUCAUGGGAGGAAGACACAGCCGUAUAUGUGGGAUAAUAAAAAUGGCUGCCGUGGGGAAGGUCUUUAAGCUUCACUCACUCACAAACACACUCUCUCUUAAAACACAUUUCUGGGUCAACUUCCCUUUGUUUUCAGGGAUGCAGUGGAGGAGGAGGCUUUCUCGGGUAUUUCUAAGGUCUUGUCUCGGCUCUAUGAUGAGCUUCAGGCCGCCAGCAGUGAGGACGAGGAUCUGGAAUCUGUCCCCCUGUUGCUGCAGCUGAUCUCCGAGUGCUUCAGGGCUCAGAGGAAUGCCUGUGUUCAGAGCACCCGCAACCAAAACCUUCUCAGGUAGUUGAAGAUGUAAUCAUGUACAUGUGAGAAAGAAGGAAAACAAGAUCAUUCUUGGUUUAGUAGUUUGAAAGAUAUGAUAGAGGUUAACUCAUUGGUUUAGAAAAUGAAUACAGAGUCAUAUUAGUACAUUAUUUUCCCAGCUUCACAACCUCCUCCAUUACUGAAGGUGAAUUUAGAUUGCUUUUGUGCCAUCAUAAAGUGUGUAUUCGUGUUGUGUUUCCAUUAUAAUUACAGAAUGGUCUCCCCAGGGAUAUUCCGGUGUAAAAUUAAUUUAGGGUCAAACACACCAUAACACCGACUUAGACACCCCCCGAAAGAUGAAUGUUGCUUCUCUAGUUAUACCAACUUUAGUAACAACCGCGCUAUAGCAAUACACAGCGGUCUGAGGAGCCAUAAACAAACCUCAACCAAAACACCACUCUAUAGCCACAAAUAAUGCUCAGAACAGCACCUAACUUCAUCAACAGUACAUCUAGGGUCCCAGCCAUAGUACUAGCCAUCAAACAUCUUUUUAACUUUGCCUAAUUUCUUUAGCAAAGAGACUAAACACAACUCACCUACUCUCUUCCAGCAGCCGCUUGUUUGUAGCGAGACCUCAGGCCAGUCCAUUAUGAAUUGCUGCGGGAUGACGCAGCUCAAGGAAGAACAUUUAUGAUCAUCUCGGUGUUACGGUGUGUUUGACCCUAAAUUAAUUUUACGCCGGAAUAUCCUCUUAACAUACUUUUUUUUCCCACCAGGGAGCUUGGUGUCAUCGAUGUGUCCCUAAAACUCCUCAACUUCCUUCAGACCAAAACUUGGGAGAGCAAGGAUACAAUAUUUGAACGUGAGUACCAUUGAUUCUAUUUAAGUAAGAUGUUUAUUAUACAGUCUGUCUAAAAGUGUUCCCCCUCAAAUCAUCCUUGUGGCGCAGCUCUUCGUUGUGGGAUCCAGUUCCUCGGUAACUUAGCAGUUGGAAACCAAAUGUGUAAAGAUGAAAUUUGGAGGCUCAGCUACCCGACUCUCCUCCUGUAAGUUUUAUACACAGCAGUGAAAGUCAUGUUGUUGAUAUUGCAAAAUAAACUCAUCAAAAUCACACAUCUUCUUGUUCUAUGAGCACUUAUUUCUCCUUCCCUCUUGUCAUAAUAAAACCCAAAGUGUUUUGUGACUACUUCUCUUGAACCUCUUUUGUAAAGAUGUUUGCACAUGAGCGCUUUUUUUUACAGACCUAUAUGUUACAAGAAUUUGUCCUUACAUUGAGCCAAACCAAAUAUCUGCAAACAGGCAACUCCUCAGCACUGAUGAUGAGAAGGCGGUCAACUAUGCCUCAAUGGUUCUCCACACAUGUCUUAAUGAGGCCAAGGUGGAAGAAAUGUCUGAGCCGCAGAACAUCCAGCUGGCACUCAGGGUGAUGGAGCUCUGCAGAACUCAACCAGACCUGGACUGGACGUAAGAGUGUGUGUCUGUGUGUUAAUGCCUGUUGAGUAAACACUCUGAAUGUCACUCUGUAUGUAUGAAAUUACAAUUAUCUUUUUCUUGGCUUUAUGUUGUGUCUGUUUUAUUCACUUACAGGGUUCUUAUUGCUACUCAGCAUUUCCUUCAGUCUUCAGCUCUGGUGGAGAGCAUGUACUGUGGGAUGUCUCACCAUGACAGGUAUGUUCUUUAAAUGUGAUUAAAGACUGACAGUAUUACCAUAGGCAUUUACCAUGAAUAACAAACCACACAAAGACAUAAAGAAGAACAUCAGCCAUCUAUUAGGACACGUUUCGGAGACUUUAUAGUUUUAACGUGUACUCAUAAAAGGAAAAAGCCCUCGAAGUGAAGCUCCACAUGCAUUAUGAAUGUGACAUAAAACUGUGUGUUUUCCCAGAGUUACUCUAUUAGAGUUGAUAUUUGCCCAGCUGAAAGAGGAGGACUCUGAAGAGUGUGGUAUCCCUCCUGAUGUGGCCCGUUUCCUGGCUAGUUCUUUCCAGGAAGGUUGUGGAGCUGUGUUGACUCUCGCCACUGGCUCUGCUUCUAGUGAUGAGGUAGAGACAGUUUUCAUGACUGGUGUUUUUUUUACAUCAGUCCCUUAAAAAACUAAGAAUUAUGUUGAGCUUAUCUGCAGAACAGUUUUUGGCACUGUUUAUUAUAUUUAUUAAGCGAGCACAUUGAGUGAAAUUAUUUGCAGAUAUUUUUUAGCUUUGGUUUUUAAUAAUUUUAUAACUUCUCCCAGGAAAUGAACGUCCUAAAUCACCUCCAUCUAGUCUCACCUGUCACUUGCACUCCACUGUAGGUCCUGCAGGAGGCGCUGACAGUGAUCAGUCUGCUAGAUGUGCUAUGUGAGAUGACUUCAGACCUCAAGCAGUUCAUGUUUCUACAGAACCAUCCAGAUCUGCUCGUAACUACUGUUGGUAAAGUAAAACACAUACUCAUCAAACCUUUUGGAAACUCACAGCUUCACAGCUGGGGUUUGUUGGUCAGGUUUUGCUUUUUGGAAUAUAAAUCAUCUUUAAACCCUUCAUGUGGUCGUGUGACAGAUCCAGACCCCCUAUCAGAUUGAGCUCCAAAACAAAUGAGAGUUCCUUUACACAUGGCCUCCUUUCUGUUUAAUGUCCUAUUUUUCUCUUUUAAACUUGUUUUUUGUCUUUCAAAGUUUUUUUAAAUUUUAUUGAGACAGUAAUGUAAAGUAAUCUAUGCUCAGGCCAAGGCCCCCAGGGCAGAGAUCAAAUAUUAAAACUUAAACUAAAUGUCUGGAGUAAAUAUGUCCUCUGUAGAAUCAAGGCAACAUAAGUUCAAAGUCACAAUAUAUAUAUAUAUAUUUUUAAAUCUUUUCUUUUACUGAAUAUCUACCCACUGUUUUCCCCACAGAGCUACUGGAGCAGGUUCAUGCUAUAGGAAAAGCGAGUAAGAAUAUUUUCAGUUCUGCUCAGAACUUCUCCUCCUUCAGUGGAGAUGGGGACGCUUCCUCUCAGUCCCCUGUCAUCAGCUUUAAGGCCCACCUCAUCAGACUGAUUGGAAACCUCUGUCACAACAACCCCAACAACCAGAACAAGGUUUGUGAUUAAUAAGUAAGAAGAAGUACAUAAUCACUUUUCAGUGCUGGACCAGUUUGUGACCAGGUAAACUAAUUAUUUAAUUUUCAAAUGUAAAGGUGGGAUGGGCAGGAUCUGAGGAAGUGCCAGUUUUGGGUAGAAAUCUUGAACGUUAACUCUACCCCUCCCAACCAGUUUUCCCCUCAGCUCCUCUUCUCUCCUCCGCCUCUGCUCCAGCAAGCCCCGCCCACAAACAGACGCUCCUGCUCGCUCGUAUCGUUCCAAUUAAAUUCAGAUAUAAUGCAGAUAAUUACAAAUGAGGCCCAGUCAGUGUGAAAGUAAACAGCAUUGGUGCUUCUGUAGAUGCCAACAGACUACCAGCAAACACAAUGUUUGCAGGACUUCUACAACUAGCAUUAAGUGACACAGUCCAGGACCCGAGGUAAACAGUUUAGCAGGGCUACAACACGCAGCAGGUCCAGUUUGACAAGAAACACUUCUGUUACAGACAUUUGGCUUACUUUGUUAAAGUGGUUUACCUUUCCAGCAGAAAGGUUACAGGGUCUGUAAGAUCCAAAAGCGUCCCCCAUCAUAUUUGACCCAGCUUUUUUAGCUCUUGCCUGGGUGGUCUACCUCCUUUUUAAGCACACGUUAUUCCGCCAGAGUCUUAGGUAUUUACUUUGUUUUCUGGCUUGUGUUGGCAGUCGUGGCCAAAGGAGGAUUCAGACAAUUUUCCAUACUUGUUGGUUCCUACUGUCUGAUAUUGUAGCACGCUAACUUUGUUUGGGCUCGUGAAUGACACGGGGGAGCAGCGUCUGCCUCACAACCAAUCAGGUUGGGGGAGGCCGAGAACGGCUUUGUUUACAGUCAGAAAGAGAAGAGCGCUCAAAAAUUUAAAAUGUUGACUAAACAGACAUAACAAAACACAGUGAUAUCGUUACAUUACCAAAUGUCAUCAAUGACUAAUAGCUAUUGACUGAUAUUAAAAAAAUUUUUGUAUAUACACCACAAAAAAGAUGCUUCUUUAAUGGAUUCCUGCCUACCCCACCUUUUCUACAAUUCAUGCCUGUGCCACAUCUUCAUACCGCAUUGUUGAUCAAAAAUGGGACGAAGUGUACUUGUAAAUUAAUAUGGUUUGUGUUGAAUGCGUUGAUUGUAGCCCAAAGUCAAAGCCAGAUUUCUAGAGCAGGCUGGGAAACAAGAAAAUCACUCUUAUUUAAACCAGUGGUUCUUUCGUAUACAAACAUGAGCCACUGGUUUAAUGCAGAUUUAAUUGCACUGCCAGUUCAAAUAUUGUCGACCGGCUUCUGAAAGCACAGUUCCUAGAUCUUCAGUGAUGCGCAUUGCCUUCCCUUGCAUUCAGAGGAGUUACCACCCAUUGAAAGAUAUGGAAAAUAUGAUGUAAAAAGGUCUAUUGGUGCAAUACUAAACCAAGCUACGGGCCUCAGACAUCAAAAUGUGGAUAGACAGAGGAUGAGUGAAAAGGACAAAUAGCUAUUGUUAUUCAUUGGGCGUUUUCUCCUUUGUAUCCUCUCGGAUCCCUUCUCUAACGGGAUCCAGUGGUUCUUAAGAUUUAGAGCACCCUUGAUCAGACUAACACAAUAAGGUCAGAGGUCAAGAGGAGGUUCAGGAGGCCUCCCUAUUCUGUAUUUAACAUCCUAAUCUCUAGGCCAAAUUAGCAUUUUCAAAGCGCAGGUCUCUGCAGUUGACUUUUGUAACAAACUACCUGACCUGAGGACUGCAAAGGAGUGUGAUGUCUAAUGAAGUAUUGUGCUUUGAGUCCCUUUUGACUAAAAGCUAAAGAGUUCUUUCGACACAACAACUCGGUCUGGCAUUGAAAUGUGAAACGUUUCCUCCCCUCGCUUCGUUGAUUUUUAUCAGUUUCCCUCCAUCGCCAUCUGUCAGCAUGUCUCUAUUAGUGAGAAAGCACAGAUAGAUAAUAAAGACGCUGGGAGGAGUUGGCCUCUCUCUGUGGCACAUUAUAGACUCAGUCCUACUUAAUAGAAACAGAUUUGUGGAAUGCUUGUGGGAUGGCCACCCUCAGCUGGCCUCUCUAUAAUAUUUAUGGAUGCUGAUCUGUGGUCUGUCAGUGGUCAAAAAUCACCCCAUAUCUGUUUUCACUAAGAUCUCUUCCAGUAAACCAAAUGUCAUUCUGUUCACCUUUGGGAGAGAUUGUAAUUUCAGAUGUGCAUGUGCAAAGUGCUGAACUGUAUGUACCAGGCAGAAGUCGGGGUCUAGUUGCUUGUUAUUCAUCGCUUUAUAGGUUUGGACAUGUAAGCAACUUCAGACAAUUGUUUUCUAAGUGGAAAAGCUGAACUGGAUGCUUGUUCUUCUAGUAACUUUGUUUCUUGGACAGCAUAAAUGACAUUUCCAUUUUCUGAAAGUCAGCAUAUUGUAGUGUUUCAGAGCUCCUACCAUUAAGUUUGGAGGGAAACCGCAAUGGCGAGAGGAGGGCAGCAGCAAGCAAAGAGAACAAUUAAGCCUAUAGAAUCAAGGAAAUGAUAGAGAGCAGAUCACCCUGUUGUGAUGGUCUGAAACUAACCCACAACCACACUACUGCUGCUUUUGCAUGGAUUCAGGGCUCUCUAAAGAACACGGGCAAUAAGCUUGAGUACUUUACUUACUUUGAGAUGAAGCUGUUCUUACUUUGUUUACUUAGAAAUAUAUUUCUUGUCAAACCGCACGUCUUGACAUUAAAGUUUCCCCGAUGUUUCUGAGUGAAACACUUUCUCCUCUUGAUUUGUACUGAGAGUGGAAAGUCUGGACUGGUGGUUUUUGUCCAUUUUUAACAUCCUCAUGAACUUUCCUCCUUAGGUAAGAGAACUGGAAGGCAUGCCCCUCAUAUUGGACAACUGCAACAUCGACAGCAACAACCCAUGUAUCCUUUGUUUUCAGUAACCGAUGGUCUGGAAAUACAAACAUAUCUGUGUUUAUUUAGAGUAUUUCAUAUUUAUCAGAGUCAUAUUUAUGCUCAUAAGUCAAUGUGUAUCAAAUCCUGGCACCCUUUUUAGAAUUGAAUUUGGCAUGUUUACACAGGGAAGCUGGUGGGUUUGCAACCAAAAUUAAGUAUUGAUUUAAGCAUCGAUUUCUGUAGGUUUUGCCAAUUUGCCAAACUUGCUUUUUGAACAUUUUAGACUCUUCCCCCAUAAAUAGACAAAAGUCAGCCUGUUGACAUGUGAAAGCCCGUUGAUGCUUCUAACAAACAUUGCUGUUUGUUUAGUGGAGCUAUUAAGUCUAGACUGUCAUCAUAUCAGAGAAAUUCAGCAGUUCUAUGGUUUCUGUUCCAACCGCAGUGAUACUUUGCAUUUUUAUAUGUGGUUCUUAAGUUUUGUCAGACCUUACUGAUAUACAUAAUUCAAUAGAAAUUGAAUACGACACCCCAUCUACAUACUAAGAGUCGAGUUAAGAGUGCGCCAGCAGAUUUUGAGUGACAUUGAAAGAUCAGAUUAUGUCCUCUGACGUGCCUUCAUCUAGAAACUUUGACAGCAUUUGAAGACAAGAAGAUUUCUGUUUAUUGUGGAUUGAAGUUCCAGUUCUUGAAUGAAUCUUAUCUCAAGCCCAAACUGAAUAUCCUGCUAUUUGAUGAUAUUUGCUAACCAAAGUCAGGGCAACGUACCAGGUUUGUGUUUUAACCAGGACUUUGACCCUUUGACCCUUUGCCCCUUUAUCUUUUUAUACACGCACUGCUUUCUUUGCAUUCAGCAUUAUAUGUAGGUGCCAGCAUUUCUUUCUGUUUACAAAACGGCUGUAUGACCAAAAAAAAGUUCAUGGAUUCAUGCGGGAAACCUGAUAGUGGCGAGUUGAACAUGUUUUAUGUCACAAAACAUAUCCCGUCUGCAAAGCUCAUUUGUUUGCUGGGCUGCAUGUGCACUCUGUGACCCGAGGCGCUAAUGAGUUUGACAUCCUGAUAUGAACAUGAUUGGCCUGUGUUGCAUGCACUAUUGGUAACCUUUCCUUGAGAUGUUUGUGCAUCUAGCUUUAUAACUAUUUGCAAAUGUUCAUUUCUACCAUUUUGUUAUUUUGUAAAGGUAUUUACAUUGGACUUUGACACUUAAGGGGCAAUGUUUACAACAAGUUAAGGUCUGUGAACAUUUGUCAGUUAACUUUAAGGUUUAGAAAGGAGCCAUUUUAUGUUUUCACUUAAUAUACGCGUUACCUUAGUAUUUAGGUAACCAAUCAGUGCUGGAAACACCAGAGAGAAAUAAAUCCAAAAAAAUAAAUAAAUAAAUACAACAGACACAAAUUUCUACCGUUGCUCUCCUUAAUCAGAUGGCUCCAGUUAUCAGCCAGUGGGCCAUCUUCACCAUCAGGAACCUUCUUGAACACAACGUGCAGAACCAGGAGGUCGUGGCUGCCCUGGAACGCCACGGCACCGCUGACUACUCUGCUCUCAGGGAGUUGGGUUUCCUGGUGGAGGAACGGGAUGGAAGCUUGCUGCUCAAGACUGUGAGGAAGGACUCUUGAAAAGCUUAGUGGAGCAACGAGGAGAGUGAAGGUCCUUGACUGGCAAGCAGGUUCUCAUGUAGUAUUUGUUUAGAGAGAAGUUAAGUACCUGUGCACACAAAUACCCUUGUGUGAACACGUGUAAUGCUACAAGCUUCAAUAAUGUUAAUACUUAAGCUUCAUUUGUUUAAUAUCUGGUCUUCUUAUUACUCUUGAAGUAUGUUUGUGCCUGUCCUCAAUGGCUGACAGCCACACUGCCAAACAUAUACAGCAAAAAAAAUCCUUUUUAAUUGGAUAUUUCUAUCAGAGAAGUAUGUAUAACUAACUCUUCUGCCUCAGCAAUGCUUGCACUAUUGCCUAGUAAGGGCUUAAGGUAUUCUUGAUACACAAAGGACCCUCAGGGUCCCCCUAGUAUACAAUUUGGGGCUAUUGUUUUGUCUUGACCUGCGUCUGGGAAAUGAAGAGCCUGGGAGAGGCGAGCACAUGCUGGUACCUUUUGGUAAGACUGCUGCUUUGUGGUUUAAUCCAAAGACAAAGAGCACCACAGUGUCUGUGGCUUUUCACUUUCUACAGACACUGGUGUUACCAGCAGGGGCUGGGGUUUUAAUCCCAGGCCCAUAGUGACUCCAGCAGUAACCACGAAACAGAGAAUGACCAAAACAUUGAUGUAAUCAACCCCCUUACUGCCUUUCCUACUUAAAUAGUGGUGUCCUCGCCAGAAGAACAAAGACUUGUUUUUCGUCUCUCAAAGGCUUAAAAUACCUGCUUAUGUACUAACAAGGGCAUACAACCAUUAACGUUAGGACUUAAGAGCAUGUUUGUGACAACUCAACUUUUAAACUAAACUAACUGACACUAUGCAUGUUUGUCAUUUAGGAAGAAUGCUCAGUAUACAAUUGCAGCUUUUCACUCUAUCUCCUCUAGCUUACAGAAUCCUUGUAAUAGCUAAUUAUAGUAGUGAGUAUAAAUGAUGCAGUAAAUACACUAAACAUAGUCAAGUGACUUCAGUCUGCUUCUCUAUCAUCUUAUUCUUGAUCUUCUAUUUCUAUCAUUUAACGGCACUACACAUAAAUGAGGCAGAGGGGCAGAAGGCGUGCGUUUGACAUUGAUGAUGUUUUUUAAACUCAUGGUUUAUUUUUUUAUUUAUUGACUGCUGGUCAAAAGCUGUACUUGAGUUUUGCUCAAAGAUUUAGUAAAUGCUGUAUUCCUACCUAGAUUUAUUCAAUAGUCUGUACUUAUUUCUUCUGAUUAGAGUUAGUGAUUGUGGAUCUAUAGAUGAUUGAGUGAGGGAAUCGGACCAGAAGCAUUAGUUUGCAGAAUGACAUCCCUCCCUGCUCCUCCUGUUGCUGGAUAAGCUGAAUGGUCCUGACACCUCAACAAUGCAGUGCUUUACAGGCUUGCUCACACCCUGCUCCACCCUGUUUGCUCUGCCUCUGAUUUUUAAUGACAAAAUGUAUUGAAACAAUCGGCUGGACUCUCCCCUCAAUCCGCCGGCAUAGUGAGGGGAGCUUAUACGGUUCCGGUCCCCAGGAUUUCAGACAGCUAACAAAACAGCUGUUACUUGCGCUCGGCUGGCUGGCUGCAAUGCUUUUCAGCCCCACAGGAAAGAGGCUGUGCGAGUCAGCCGGGCUGAAUGAGGUGGCACGGUCGCGGCCGCCUGUUCACCUCCUAACACAUUAAAACCACAUUAGCCAAGGCCAGAAGAUUUUGUGUUACCCAUAUCAGCAGUUUAUAACACAGUACUGUACUGUAGUCUGAUUGUGCCUUCUGGUUGAUAUUUACUUUCAGCGAGAAACACUUUUUUUCAGGAUGCAGGUACAUCUAUAUGUUUAUAAUACGCUUAAUAAAGUAUUGAAUGUGACAAAGCAGCUUUUUGUAAUGGUUUCAAUCAGAUCCUUCGGCUAAAUGUGACAAAAAGACUCAAGACUUUAAAAAAAGGAUGCUCAACUUUUAUUGGUAAAAAAAGAAGAAUGUACAACUGUCCAUUAAGUGUGCUAUGUCUGUGACUGUGAUUGUGCCAUAUAACAAAAAAGAGACUUUAAGUAGCUGUGUAUGAAGUUACAACUACACUCUUAGGAGGAGAGCGGUGAAAGCCAAUAGGAACAGAGAAAUUUGAGAGGUCGAAAGCUCCACAAAGAAAUACUUUGGUUGCUACAGCUAACAAAGUAAUGCAUGCUUUUACUUCAAUAUGUAACGUGUUUCCUGGAAAUUUCCUCGUACUUUGCAACACUUAAAAAAAAAAAUCUCUCAGCUUUUAGGGCUACGUUGAAUUGUGACAGAUCACGUUAAGAUGAACAAUCCGGGCUACUUUGUUAAAACACGUGGAAUAUUUACAAGUGAGAAACUUUGAUCAAAGACACAAAUCCCAAUAAUUUAUAUUUUUUUCAAUCUGAAAACAAUGACAUUAGAAAACGCUUGUAAAUAGUGAUUUUCUUUUACUAUUUAUAAAUGACAUAAAGUGCCAUGUUCCUCAUAUAAAAAUAUACUCUUCAAAUUGUUUUGUAAGUUAUAUAAAGCCUUAAUAAACAUCUCUGAAUACAUUAAGGGUGCUUUCCAAAAAUAGCUUUUAGGCCUUUGAUCCUCUUGUACCCCCCUUCUGUGUGGUUAGCGCACAUGCCAUCCACCCAGGCAGGCCUAAACCGCGCUGGAAGGCCUUGUGUAAGCAGAGGCCAUAAUGUGGAAUUCCACGUCUCUGCCGUUCAUGGGAAUGUUGGAUGUAUCUGAACCUGAUUGCACCUCUAUGGAGUUCCAAUGAGGCUUACAUGCUGUUCUCAGAAGUCAAGAGCCCUCUGAAAACAAAACAGUGAACACAGUCAGGAUGGAAAGUGCCGUUCAAACUGACAAGUUGGAUGCUUAAAAUAGUAUGCGAUUAUUUUCUGCCUUUUUGGUUCUUGGCAUAACAGAGGGUCUGGACUUAGGGGGGGAGAUAUGUCCAUGAGGAAGAUGUCAACACAGCACACAAUAACACAUGCCCUCAAUUUAAAGAUACCCCGCAAAAAGAGGAAGAAUAUGACUAUAAGAGUGCAAAAGAAAACUAAAUUGUAGUAUGAGAGGCUUUUGAGAACUUCUGAUUGAUACGAAUGAAAUUGAGAAUUUGCAAACUAUGACUCCAUCAUACUAAUAAUUGGUUUCUAGCUUUAAAUGUAUCAGCAGCAGGUGGAAAUCAUAAAAGAGGGGUCAAAUGUCAAAAAGGCAGAGAAGUUUGCCAUCCAUCCUACAAGAUUUUAGGGUUGAAAGAUCUCUUUUUUCAUAAAUAAUAUUAUUUUAUUUCAGUGUUCAAACAGAAUACAGUGUGAGCAUACAGUUGAGUUUUCUGCUGCCAUCUUCCAGUCUUCAUCAGGAGUCUCUCAUCUUUCAUGGCAGUCUAAAGCGCUUCAGCAUUUCCAGUUAAAAGUUUUCUCCAACAAUCUCAUCAUAGUCCUGGUGUGUUUUCCUGUUAAGCCACAUCUUUACGAGAUGUUGUCCUCCCAAUAGUCCUUCAAAAAGAAAUUCAGAUCCUUUCAUCUGAGAGGAAUUUGUAUCAUGCCACAGUUUUGAACCACAGGCGAGGAAAUGUUUUUUUAAGCAGUGAUGUCUCUCUUUUUUUUUGAAAAUUCUCCAAACUUUUCCUCCCUAAAAGAAUUCCAAAAUAGGAUGUAAAAAUGUGCAAAUAAUUGAAUAAAUACUUCCAAGUCCUUCUCUUCAAAAUCCACUUUGUCAUUGCCCCUUGAACCUCCAUCCAUUGUCUGUUUUCUUCACCAUUUUCUCAGGCUCAUUCCAUCUUUCCCUACUUGCAGGUAAAAACUUCUGAUUUCUCGCUGCAGGUGUUGCACUUGACAAAACAGCACCAGUGGAACUUGCAGUUGCACUGCCAGAUGCGUGUGUAGUGGUGUGUGUUGUAACCCCGGCCGCAGCACAUCACAUUACAACUGUCUGUGAGGGUUGAGGUGCCGUUGCACAGUCUGCCCCGUGUGCCUGUGCUCCCUGUGGCUGUGUCCUCUUCACAGUAAUUGGGUGACCGCUCCAGGUACACCAGGUCUGUGUCUGUUGGCUUUUGGUAGCCCCGAGCCUCUUUGAGUCGUAGAAAGGAGGGCUGGCGGAGCCGGGAGGCCCGGACAGGCUCCACUUGAACUGCGUCGCUGUAGCGUUCCUUCAGCAGGUAACCAAUCUCUCUGAAUUUGGGCAGGGUGAUCCAGCAGGUCUUAGUGGUGCAGGAACCAGACACACCGUGACACUUACACUCCAGCUUCAUCCUCUCCUCCAGGAUCUAAACACAGAGAUGGGUAAUUAGGUCUGGACUGAAAGAGUUGGUUAAGAGCUGAAAAUGAAUUUUGUAGGUUAAAUUAAUAAGUUUCUCUUUUUUUGUCUCUGGCCUGUUUCAGAAACAGCUCACAGCAAUUCGGAUGUGUCUCUCUUUCUCUGAGCUUGGCUAGUUUCUGCAGACUCUUAAACUUUCAGCACACCAGUCAGUAUGCCAACUUUAUGUCAGUUCCUGGGGAAGAAACCCAUACCCCAAAACUGUAGUCUCUAAUUAACUUUACCUUUAUUCAGACCACAUAAUGGCUAGAAAAGAGACUGGACCUGUUGUACAACCAUACAUGUAUAGUUUUACCUUGUGGUUUUGGCCAUAUUUAUUUUAUAAUGCCACACAAAGAUUCUCAGAUGAUAAAAUUGACAGGUAGCUGUUGCAACUUGGCUUGAGUUUGAAUAUCCUUUUCCUUUUUAUUGCAGAAAAAUCUCCAUUUUCAUUCCAUUUUAAGACCGUAAAAUUUCACUAAGCCUAAAAUUAGAGCAUCUCAUACCUGUCUACAAGAUUUUGUCCAGGAAACUGAUCAAAUUGUGACUUGGUUUCCACUUAUCACUAUCACAAUCUGGAGGAGUGUGCUCUAGACCUUGGUCUGUCCACUAAGAGUUGGCUGGUGCAGCUAAGAAAGAGAGGCUAUCCCUUAGCUUUACUUUAAGUCAUAUUUGCGUUACCUUUCGCCCUGCCUCGUUGUUGUGCAGGUUCAUCAGCCGCCUGGCAUUUUUCUUGAUCUCACGGGCGUCUACGAAGCGGCGCGAGAACUCCACGCCAUACUUAACAUCAGCCGAGCAGCCCCCCCACUUCCAGCCUUCCUCUUGAUCAUGGUAGCCCUGCUUUUCACGGUCACAGCCGCACUGGCUGAGGUUGCCUUGGCUACAGGCUGUGGUCACAGCGUGGGCAACUCCUGCAGCGGUGAUGGCAUACGUGAAUGCUGCUUCCCUGCUGCCUAAAAAGAAAGAGCAGAGUCUGAAUGAGUUUGAUUUAGAGUAGAAAUAGUGGAAAGUUUCUGAUAACUGUUUCAUGUUUGUUUAUUGAAUUGCAAUUCUUUCCAAAUGUUGUAGUUAGUCUGCAUUAAUAACUGAGAUUUGGGGGUUUGCUGAAGUUGGCAUUCAAAUGGAAGAUACUGCUGAGCUGCAUUAUGAGAAAAUAAGUCAUCCAACAUUUGUAAGGCUUAUAAAACUGACUUACAAAGCCUUAUCCACGGCUGAUUUGAUUUUUAGUUCUCACAUUAUGAAAACUAACACAGGUUUUUAAACUGAUUCUGACUUGUGUGGUUACUGCCCGCUGGAAUGCAGACAGAACUAUACAGGAGUUUAAAUGGAGCUGACAAACUUUUGAGUCAAUAAUUGUUGCUGCUGCGAGGAAAAAAAUCGGAGCACAAAACACCCAUUUUGGCAGAUAUGCAGGGCGUUUAAAUGGAUCAUAAAUCAUUGGUUGCUUUCGGUGCAUGCGAACAUGGACACUUGUUGUAUGUCAUGCUUCUGUUUUCCCGAUGAAGGCAUAAUUCCCAAAAGAAUGAUGUUCUGAAUAACUGGGAGUCUUCCAGCAAAUUGUAACCCAACAUUAAGUCGUUGCACCAUCUUGUAAGGAAAAAUUUCCACCAUUUGUGGGUCUUUAUUUGGAGGCCUUUCAAUGGUAGAAAACAUGACUGUUGGCUUUAUAUGGCAUAUUUGUAAUUGUGCAAGCACAUACCUCCACUUAUUUGUUAAAUUACUCUGGAUUCUUUUGUGUUACAUGUUUUCAACUCAAAAGAUUGGACCCUGUAAGGUUACAGUACCUUUUUGAAUUAUUUCAACGAUUAUUAAAGGCGUGUUGUAGAAAUUGAGCAGUCAGAGGAUGACUUUGAAGAGCAUGAGUAGAUAAUGUGUGUUAAAACAUUUGUUACAAUGAAGCAAACACAAGUGACAUCUACUGGCUGAUGAAGGAGCUUUUUGCUGGUCCUCAUUGAGUUACUGUCUUAAUGUUUUUCAUCAAUGAAUUUCUCACACGGAUUGAGUGUCAUUCUGUGUUCGUGUUAGGGCGGUCCACAUUAUCAUAGUAAAUGAUACCAUUAUUCAUGGUGAAAUCAGCGGCCAGACAUCACUGAGAUGUUCCCAAACUCU